CUUAAAUCCAUUCUAAUCACUGAACUCGGAUUUACUGAACGCACGCCGUCCAGGACCUUUACAAUAGUCACAUAGCUUAGAUUUGAUCCGUUUGGCCGCAACUGCAAUAACACUGGGAGAUGUGUCAAGCGAACGUGCUUCACGGGGCCGCGGCGGGGUUCUGACCCGCUCUUCAACCGGGCUGUGCGGUGAUAUCAACGCUUGCUCUCGGCGGAGGAGUCUGUCAUGUCUGGCGCAGUGGCCGCUGGAGGGGCGCAGGCUGCGGGUCUGGGCGCUGCCGCCGCGGGCUGCUGCUCCUCUGCGUCGGGCGCCGGUUCUGCCGCAUUAUUAAGCGGAGGAUCGGGCAUCGCAGGCCGGUUACCGAGCCGUGUUCUCGAGCACAUAUUCUCAUAUCUAGAGCUGAUGGAUCUGCUGAACUGCUCGCUCGUUUGCUGGCACUGGAACAACUGUCUGUCGGAUGAAAACAGCGAGGUGUGGCGGAGUCUGUGCGCUCGUUCACUGAGUGAUGAAGCGCUGCGCUCCGAUAUCCUCUGCAACCUGGCUUCAUAUAAAGGAAAACUGAAGUCUUUCCAGCACGCUCUGAGCUCCCAUGACUGCUCCAGAAAUGUAUAUAUUAAGAAAAACGGGUUCACUUUGCACCGCAACCCCAUCGCCCAAAGCACCGACGGCGCCCGCGGGAAGAUUGGCUUCUCUGAAGGCCGUCACGCCUGGGAGAUCUGGUGGGAGGGUCCUUUAGGCACGGUGGCGGUGAUUGGCAUAGCCACCAAGAGGGCUCCCAUGCAGUGCCAGGGCUAUGUGGCACUUCUAGGCAGCGAUGACCAGAGCUGGGGCUGGAAUCUAGUAGAUAAUAACCUGCUUCACAACGGAGAGGUCAACGGCAACUUCCCCCAGUGCAACAAUGCACCAAAAUACCAGAUAGGCGAGAGAAUAAGAGUAAUCCUAGACAUGGAUGAUAAGACACUAGCCUUCGAGCGAGGCUUUGAAUUCCUUGGAGUGGCUUUCCGAGGGCUGCCCAAAACAUGCCUCUUUCCAGCGGUUUCGGCCGUUUAUGGGAACACUGAAGUGACUAUGGUGUAUUUGGGAAGACCCCUCGAUGGAUAAGCAUACAUAAUAUGGAUAUCAGUGCCACUCAUAACGCCGAAGAGCUUCAUGGGAUCUGCUGCUUGGCAUAGAUAGGACUCAUGGCUUUUCACAUCUGGACUAAAAAAAAAGAAAGGGAAAUUGAUGGGUGGCGGGAUUGAUGGUGGUGAGGAUGUCCAAGACACAUCUGCGGAUUCAGUUUUUAAUGCAUUUUGAAAACAUGGGACACUUUUUUUUUAAAUACCUGUUUUUAAUCUAAUUUAUGAGAUCGCACAGGGAGCAGCUGUUCUAUUUUAUGAAAUAGGUUAAAAAAUUAAGCCAAACUAGAAGAGACAAGUGGCAAAGUUUUAUAAUUCAUUACAAACAUUUUACACGCAUGUAAUGAGAAGCUACUGUACGAAUAAGUGGGCGAUUUAUGCUUUCACACACACAUUCACACACAUACACAAAAUGCAUUUACGUGUACAGUAGGUAAAUUAUAAGACGUAAACAUGCCAAAUGAUGUUUGGAUAUUUACCGUACUGUUUUUUUUUUUCUUCUCCAGAGCAGUUAUCUGCAUGCAGUAUACCAGUCUCUUCCUGUUUUUUAUUAUUAUUAUUUUUAAAGACAGGCAAAGGUAGUAUUUGGCUAUUCUGUUUGUUACUGUACAUCUUAACUGUGAUGUAGAAGUGUAUAGUAUUUAUUUAUUGAGGUCUAUCUUUGCUAUAACCGAUGGUUAUGGAGACUGCAAAUAAACUCUAAAUUGUGCCAGACUGUGAA